AAAAAAAGGGUAUAUAAUAAACGUCCACGAAGGCCAAAGGUACGUGAAUCUCGCGUAUACGGUUCGAUAUCUCGAUUAACGAAUGGGAUUAUGGAUUUUCGAAGGUUGCUACGAAAUUAAUCUUGCAAAUCUGGGGAACAAAAUCGAGGGUGUUGAAAUUUGAAGCGAGUACACACGUCGCAAAAAGGGGGGACAUUUCGGGACCUUUCAUUACCAGUCGUUGCCGCGCUUGAUUGCACGUUGUAAGAAGAAGGUGUAACGCCGAAAUAAUCGAGGCGUGAAACGUAUCGUCGAUUAUUCCGCAUGAUUAGCUCACCACCGAGUCGAUCUUUUCUUGUAUAUCAUAAUUAAAGCUGUCAAACCGCUUACGCGCCUCGUAAAAUGCAUCCACGAGCCUCUCUUCCGUCUCUUCCGUCUUCUCUCGCGACGCUAAUGGAUUCAGAUGCGUGCGAUACGCAAAUUUGCUUAAUAACAACGAUCACGAAUAAAUUACGGCGCGUCGGAAUCGACUGCUGUAUAAUUUCGCGGUACAAUUAUCACGCGACAACUCCGUUAAUAUUACCUUAUGUUAAUAUUAUCUUUUAUCAAUUAAUCGUCAUUGUAACGUUGAGAUAUAAUUUUGAGAUACACAUAUAUAUCGGUAGGAAAGAUAACGAUUGCGAUAGAAGGACUGAUCAUUGAUCGACGAGUUUAACUUCAUUUCCAAGGUUCUCGUCUCUGUCGAAACCCUUAUUACCAAAGUAACUCCAACACACUAUACCAAAGCUACCAAAGUUGACAAUAAACGAGUUUCGCCCCGAAAAAGAAGAGAAGAGAGAAUUCGGCUUUAGACGAAGAAAGGAAAGCUAGAUUGGAAGCGAGAAGAGUCACGUGAACGGCGGAUCGUCGAGUAAUCGAGUGGACAAGCCGCCGACAAACAAUAGGGAGACCUGGUAGCUUCCGAUGGGGUCGUAACCGCCGGUAUAUUAUAUAUAUAUACAUAUAUAUAUAUCGCAUAUUCGUAUAUAUCGCGAUGAUAGGCUAGCCGGUAGCGGCAGGAAGAGAUCGCCGUUAGGGGGAGAUAGCCAUAGCUAAUCGUACCACCCAAGGUGGCACAGAUUGAGAGCCCCAUCAGCAUACAUCCUCUCCUGGCUAACGAGAUACAGGCAGUUUGUCCAUCCAGUUUGUUCGUCGCGUCGACGACGGUGUACGACGACGGUGCGUGAUCAACUUUCAAGCGGAAGCUCGCUCCUCGAUCCGCGCGAUUUAAUCCCCGACUCCCAAGUGUUCGGGAAUCGCUGAAUCGCGUUUCCGCUUGCAAUUGCGAGAGAAAAAGAGAAAGAGAGGAAAUCGAUCAGGAUUAACGUUUUAAUCGACGCCGGAGAGCCUCCGACGUCCACGCGCGUCCUCGACCUCUUUUUCUUAGCGUCCUUCAUCGCUUCUCAUCCCUCUCGACUUAAUCCCUCCGUCGUACAUCACCGCACCGCGUGCGUCUACUUCCGAAGAAACGGCGACGUGAGAGGGAUAAAAAAAAAAGAGGGAGAUACGGAGAUUCGCUCUUAGUGACCCUCGACGAUCCGGUGAUCCUCCGGUCUUCCCCACCGGGACUCUCGUCGCUUCCGGCUAACUGGAAGUGACGCUCUAUGUAAACGCUUUUGCCGAGCGGCUCUCAUUGGAACACGCACAGGACACAGGAAGCGAAUCAUGGAAGUGGCGAGCGAGCUGUCGCCGUUGUCGGGGACAGAGGUUCAGGGUAAGAUCAAGGAGAGGAGCUCGUACUAUCCCCAAGAACCCAACAAGAGGCCGCAAACGGCCGGAGAGAAGAUGCGAUCGUGUCUGAGCCACAACGCGCUGACGAUUUUGACCGUGAGUGGGGUGAUAGGUGGCGUGAUUCUCGGCAUAAUCCUGCGAAACUCUCGGGAAAGAUGGACUCCGCGCGAGAUCAUGUACAUCAACUAUCUCGGCGACCUGUUUCUGCGGAUGCUCAAGAGCUUGAUCCUGCCACUUAUCAUCUCGAGUCUGAUUUCGGCCAUCGGGUCCCUCGAUUUAUCGCUCAGCGGCAAAAUCGGCGCACGUGCGAUCGGCUAUUACAUGGUCACGACCAUCUGCGCGGUCGUACUAGGUAUAAUUCUUGUCGUUUCGAUUCAACCUGGAGUUGGCAGCUCAGCCACGGAGACCAAGAAACCAGCGCAAAAUGUUUCCACUGUCGACACCUUGAUGGACCUGGUUAGAAACAUGUUUCCGCCGAAUCUUGUGCAGGCUUGCAUCGCUCAACAUCGAACCGAGCCGAAACUACCGGAGAAUGCUAGCAUCCCUAUGGACGAAUGGGAACUGAUGGAGAAAGAGGUAUCUGGCACCAAUAUUCUCGGACUCGUCGUAUUCGCGACAGUGAUGGGCAUCACCCUCGGUAAGAUGGGACCUCAGGCCAAGCCGCUGUUGAACUUCUUUGAAUCGCUUUCCGGCGCCAUGAUGUUGAUCACCAAUUGGGUCAUAUGGUUGUCGCCGAUCGGUGUGCUCUUCCUAGUCGCCUCCAAGAUCACGGAGAUGAAAUCGCUGGAUGAAGUGGUCGGCCAGCUUGGGAUGUACUUCUUGACCGUGUUGAUCGCCCUCCUCAUACACGGCUUCCUAAUACUGCCAGGGUUGUAUUUUCUUCUUACGAAAAAGAACCCUUACAUCUAUAUAUCGAACAUGGCACAGGCGCUUGUCACUGCCUUCGGCACCUCUUCGAGUUCGGCGACGUUGCCAAUCGCCAUCAGCUGUCUCGAAGGGAGAAACGGCAUCGAUUCACGUGUCACCAGAUUCGUCAUGCCAAUAGGCGCUACCGUCAACAUGGAUGGUACCGCUUUGUACGAAGCUGUGGCUGCCAUUUUUAUCUCACAAGUCCGUAAAAUCUCCCUUUCCUUUGGACAGCUGGUAGCGGUGAGUAUCACGGCAACCGCUGCUAGUAUCGGCGCAGCUGGAAUUCCACAGGCCGGACUAGUAACAAUGGUAAUGGUGUUGGACACGGUCCGACUUCCGGCUAACGACGUCUUCUUAAUCAUCGCGGUCGAUUGGUUACUAGAUCGAUGUAGAACGACGGUGAACGUAAUCGGCGAUUCGCUCGGCGCGGGAAUCGUGCAGCAUCUCAGUAGAAACGAACUCGCAUCGUUACCGCACAAUGCGCAGCAGACGCAAAACGGAGCCGAUAGUCACGCAACUACGUCGAUAUGAGCUCUCGUUCGUUGAUCGCGGCCUGCGUCUCCUUGACUGACGAUUACGAAACCGUUUCGCGAUCGCCCAUCCGUGGCAAACAUAUCGACACAAAACACUUAUCGCGCGGUUCGUCGUCUAUAUAGGAAUAUAUAUGUUGCCAUAACCGUUGGAACUUUGAAAAGAGUCCGGUUUUGAGAAUAUAAUGAGUAUAUAAAUUAAUUAAAAUUUUAAGAUUGAAAGAAAACACAAAUUUAUUAAUAAUAUAUAUAUAUAUAUAUUAAUUGUUGCAGUCAUAUCAUGUAUGAUGUGUUUAAUUUCCAAAUUUUUAUAAGUUAUUCUAUGAAGAAUAUUUCGAGGAAUAUAUAAAUAUAUAUAUAUAUAUAUAUAUAUAUAUAGCACAAUAUAUAUAUUAGGAGAGAUGUCUCUCUUUUUCAAUUAUCUUUAUAUACAUCAAGUACUCUAAACAGGAUUAUUUUUAGUCACUUAAUUGACACUCAUUCCGCGACAUAUAAAACAUAUAUGUACGUAAUGAUCAGAUAUGAGUUAUCAACGCGCGUAGCUCGCGGUGCGAGCGACCGGCGUUCUUCGAGAUAAUUUUGAAAUAUACAUAUAAGAUGUGCUUGAAAACGCUAAAUAUAAUACUUUUUAACUUUAGCAAUCGUAGGCCCCGCUAAGCGAUCCCGCUUGUCAAAUGUAUAAGUAUGUAGUACGUAUAUAUACAUAUAUUUGUCUUCCAUUUCUGCGUUUAACGAUAAUAUUACGCUUGAUAUUUAAACGAAUGUUGCAAAUUUUAUUCGAGCUACAAAAUCCGCAUCUUUUUCUUUGCGAAUUAUACAUGUCUCUUCUUGAAUUGCAUUUAUAAGAUUGCAACGCUCAUAUAUAAAUUUUGCAAAAAAAGGUGAAACAUUUGUAGUAGUUUGAAAUAUCGACUUUUUAUUUAAUGCGCGACCAAAAGAAUCAAAAUCUAUUAUUAUUUUUUUAUAUGAAACAAAGACGGAAAUGUAAAUUUUACUCGUAUAUUAUUUCGCGGCGAUUAGGCUUUUGUGCCAUAAUAUGUAUCGAAGGUAGCUUUUACAUUUAUUCGAUAUCUAAAGAAAACAGACUUAAAUAAGUUCAAUAUGCCAUAUUAUUAUCAGCUGUGGGACUUAACCCUUAAGUACGAAGCAACGUUGAUCGAUUUCGUCUCUUUCUGUGUUCUCGAACGAGGAGAAAACGUGCAAGUUCUCGCACUUUAUAGGUUUCUCUAUGAGAAAGAAAAAUUCGAUAAUAAGUAUGUAGAACAAGAGAGUAUGCUUAAAAAAAGUGCAUUCAGAUGCUCAACACAUUAAUGACGAAAAGUAAAAUCCGUACUUAAGGGUUGAAAUACCUUUCUUUCAUUGGCAUAACAAAAACAACAUGUUAAAUUAUUUUCACAUGGUAUGUAAAAGAAUUAUGUGGAAAACGUAGCAAAAUAAUAUAUAUAUAUAUAUAUAUAUAUAUAUAUAUAUAUAUAUUGCCUGAUUUUACCAUGUAAAUUCUUUAUUGUGUAUAUGAAGGAAAUUCUUUUAUCACAUUUUAGAAUUUCUAUCUAGAUUUAUAUUCAAAAAUAUGUUUUGGUAAAUAUAUAUACACAUAUAUCAUUACUGUUUUUUUAUCAUCAAAAGUAAAAUUAAUAUAUUUGUUGAAAUUCUCUUGUAUCUGCGAUCAGUAGAAAAAUAAAUUAUGCAGGUAAAAUUAAAAAAAAGGUGCAUAUAUUUAUCGCGUCAUUAAUUAUGGAAUGAAUAUAUGACGAUUAUUUUGUUUACAUAUAUGUUUACAUGUAAUUCAUUAAACGUUAUUCGCAAAAGUAAAUAAUUGAUAUGCAGACAUAUGCAAUAUGUCAAUCAAAAUAAAAGCACAAACUGAAUAUUUGUUUGUGAGCAAUGAUUGAAUCGUAAAAGCAAGAUAUUUUCAAGUGCAAAUGUUUAUUACAUGCAAAUAUAACGGAAGAGUAUACUUAUAUUGCCGUGGAAAAUAUUAUAUAAUUAUUUCUAGCUUAAUUAUUUUCUGACCGAUUUAUUUAAAAUUGUAUUGCAUAUCAAGGAUGGUUUAUUUUUCCAAAAAUCGAGAUAUUGAUGAGUCAUCGUAAAUAAAAACGUGUUGUUACAUCAAUAUAAUAAAUAAAAUUCACUUACUAUCAA